AUGCCCUCAGCUUUGGUCUUAGGUGGAGCUGGAGACCUUGUCCUGAGGGGCUUUUUGGCAGAGGAGGCAGGGAGGGGUGAGGACGGAGGAGAGGAGGACAGGCCUGAAGGAGACCCCCCAGAUGGAGCUCCGGGCCUCUUUCCUCCAGGCCAGCCUCAGACCCUACGGGGGACAGUUCUGGGAGCAUCCUCUGUGCCAGGCGUCUGGGGACUGCUAGCCUUCUGGUGGGGGCUGGAUCCUCAAAUUACCAGAGCAACAGCUCCCAUGAGCUCCACCGUGGCUGCAGCUGCGCCUGCAGCUGGGGCUGCCUCCAGGAAGGAGUCUCCAGGCAGGUGGGGCCUGGGGGAGGAUCCAACAGGCGUGAGCCCCUCCCUCCAGUGCCGCGUGUGCGGAGACAGCAGCAGCGGGAAGCACUACGGCAUCUAUGCCUGCAACGGCUGCAGUGGCUUCUUCAAGAGGAGCGUGCGGCGGAGGCUCAUCUACAGGUGCCAGGUGGGGGCAGGGAUGUGCCCCGUGGACAAGGCCCAUCGCAACCAGUGCCAGGCCUGCCGGCUGAAGAAGUGCCUGCAGGCGGGCAUGAACCAGGACGCCGUGCAGAACGAGCGCCAGCCCCGAAGCACAGCCCAGGUCCGCCUGGACAGCAUGGAGUCCAACACUGAGCCCCGGCCGGAGCCCCUGGUGGCUCCCUCGACCCCGGCAGGGCCCAGCCCAAGGGGCCCCACGCCCAUGUCUGCAGCCAGAGCCCUGGGCCACCACUUCAUGGCCAGCCUUAUAACAGCCGAAACCUGUGCUAAGCUGGAGCCAGAGGAUGCUGAUGAGAAUAUUGAUGUCACCAGCAAUGACCCCGAGUUCCCCUCCUCUCCAUACUCCUCUUCCUCCCCUUGCGGCCUGGACAGCAUCCAUGAAACCUCAGCUCGCCUGCUCUUCAUGGCUGUCAAGUGGGCCAAGAACCUGCCUGUGUUCUCCAGCCUGCCCUUCCGGGAUCAGGUGAUCCUGCUGGAAGAGGCGUGGAGUGAACUUUUCCUCCUCGGGGCCAUCCAGUGGUCUCUGCCUCUGGACAGCUGUCCUCUGCUGGCACCGCCUGAGGCCUCUGCUGCUGGUGGUGCCCAGGGCCGGCUCACACUGGCCAGCAUGGAGACGCGUGUCCUGCGGGAAACUAUCUCUCGGUUCCGGGCGUUGGCGGUGGACCCCACGGAGUUCGCCUGCAUGAAGGCCCUGGUCCUCUUCAAGCCAGAGACACGGGGCCUGAAGGAUCCUGAGCACGUAGAGGCCUUGCAGGACCAGUCCCAAGUGAUGCUGAGCCAGCACAGCAAGGCCCACCACCCCAGCCAGCCCGUGAGGUUUGGGAAAUUGCUCCUGCUCCUCCCGUCUUUGAGGUUUAUCACUGCGGAACGCAUCGAGCUCCUCUUUUUCCGCAAGACCAUAGGGAAUACUCCAAUGGAGAAGCUCCUUUGUGAUAUGUUCAAAAACUAGUGGGGGUGGAGGUGAAAUGUUUCCAAGCACUCUGGAAAACAAUCUACUGAAACGAAACAUUUGCCUACUCUUUGCCCCAAAAAUUCCUCGUAGGUGUGUGUACCCAGCAGAGAUGCCCACUGAAAGAUAUUGUAAGAAUAUUCAUAGCAGUUUUAUUCAUAAUAGCCCCAAAUUGUACAUUGAUGGUAGGAUG